CAUGAUGAGGUCAUGAUUGAAGACGCUGUUCACGGUAGGAACUAACCUCCCUGGAGCUCAAGAAAAAUUCUCUUCAGUGUUGCAAAACAUUGCAUGGAACCAAGAAUAUCCUCCAGACGUCUCAGAACAUUAUUUCCAGCGGCAGUCCACCACCGUCCGUUCUCGCCCCGACCUGCAAUUGUUCGUUCACCACCAUCAACCCCAACCGCAGCUUCACUCACCAGGCUCGCCGAUAUCACAAUACCAAACAUGUCCACUUCCCAGACUCCCGCGCCGUGGCGCAAAGAAUUCCUAUCCCAUAUCUCCCAAAUGCCCUCCCCGACCUUCACCCUCUCAACCCUACACCCAGCCACCGUCCCCGAGGCACCCUCCCGGGCCCUGCCCUGCGUCCCCCGCGCCCGCACCUGCGUCUUCCGCGGCCUAUGGGCCACCCUCCCACAGAAUUCGGACAAUUCGGCACCUCUCAACCCACCCCUCUUCGAGUCCGACCUGCCCGUCUUCACCACCGACGCCCGCAGCGACAAGACAACCGAGGUGUUUGACUCAGCGGCCGAAGGCGACGUGGAGGCCAGCGGCGGGCAGACGGGCGGCGGAGGACCGGUCGAGGCGGUAUUUUGGGUCGAUGUACCUGGUGUUAAAACGCAGUGGCGGGUGAGGGGACACGCGUGGGUUCUUGCCGGCGAGGAUGUGGAUUCGACCGAUAGGGAUGGGGCGAGGAAGGUUAGGGAGGUCUUGAAGGGGAGGAUGAGAAGGACCGCGGAAGAAGGGGAUGAAGGGAGCUGGAGCUUUGCUAGGGAAGUAAAGGCGCACUUCGGAAAUUUGAGUCCGAUGAUGAGGGGGUCGUUCAAAGCGCCCCCGCCUGGAACACCCGUGGCGUAUCAUACUGGAAAGGGGGAGGGGGUCGGGCAGAAGCUGGAUGAUCUUGAGGAUGAGGUGGCCGGGCAAAAUUUUAGGGUCGUGGUGAUCGUCCCGGAUGAGGUUGAUCAGGUGGACUUAAGCGAUGAAUUGCGCCCGAGGAGGUGGCUGCACGUGUAUCGCGGGUUUGAGGGAGACUCGAGACUUCCUGGUGGUGAGGUCAUUGGGGAGUGGGAGAAAGUUGAGGUUUGGCCCUGAAAUGCUGUGUUCAAGGGACUUCAAAAGUCAUGACGGCGGGUGAGGGAAGGGGGCUUUGACUUGUUCCGGUGUCAGGUCCGUCGCCUGUGGUCAUGAGGUCAUCUUCGGCUUCCCUUCAAGCUAAAACCGCUGGAAUGAUGUCCUUUACUGAGCCAACGGCCGGCGUGAAAUCCUACAAAAAAACAAAAAGAACAAAAAAAGAAAAUGGUUGAGAUGCUGAAUUCAUGAGGUGUGGGAUUUUGACAACCCAGUGAAGUUGAGGGAAUGCGAAGCAAGUCUCCCGUUUGUAAAGUCGGGGAAGGAGCACCCCCUUGUUGAUUACCGGCAGCACGCUCGCAAGUACGCU